AUGUCUACAAGACCUUUCGAGAUUCUUGCAGAAAUGAAGAGUUGUAAGACCUUGAUGAGAGGAAGAGGAGAGAAGAGGAAAGCGGAUGAUGAAACAUCUGCUCAGCGGAAACGCAUCAGAGUUUCAGAGCUGGAGAACACAAGAGACAGAGAGAUGACCAGCUCUCAAGAGAAAAGCAGCUCAGGAGGAAGAGGAGAGAAGAGGAAAGCAGAUGAUGCUUUUCAGAGUGUUUCUGGUGGAGUUACACCAUAUGCUCUGCGGAAACGCAUCAGAGUUGCAGAGCUGGAGAACACAAGUGUAGACGCCGACACAGAGACGUCCAGCUCAGGAGGAAGAGGAGAGAAGAGGAAAGCAGAUGAUGCUUUUCAGAGUGUUUCUGGUGGAGGAAAACCAUCUGCCCACCGGAAACGCAUCAGAGUUGCAGAGCUGGAGAACACAAGUGUAGACGCCGACACAGAGACGUCCAGCUCAGGAGGAAGAGGAGUGAAGAGGAAAGCAGAUGAUGAUUUGCAGAGUGUUUCUGGUGGAGUUAAACCAUAUGCUCUGCGGAAACGCAUCAGAGUUGCAGAGACGUCCAGCAAUGAGAACAGCAGCUCAGAAGCUCCAAGAGGACAGAAGAGAAAGGCUGGAUGUCUAGAUCAGGACAGCAGAAAUCAGGACACAGUGGCUGCAAAACGAGUGAAAACAGCUCAGAUCCAACAUGGCGGCAGCCGCAAAACUGCAGCAGAAGACAGCAGCUCAGGAGGAAGAGGAGAGAAGAGGAAAGCAGAUGAUGCUUUUCAGAGUGUUUCUGGUGGAGUUAAACCAUAUGCUCUGCGGAAACGCAUCAGAGUUGCAGAGCUGGAGAACACAAGUGUAGACGCCGACACAGAGACGUCCAGCUCAGGAGGAAGAGGAGAGAAGCGGAAAGCAGAUGAUGAUUUGCAGAGUGUUUCUGGUGGAGUUACACCAUAUGCUCUGCGGAAACACAUCAGAGUUGCAGAGCUGGAGAACACAAGUGUAGACGCCGACACAGAGACGUCCAGCUCAGAAGCUCCAAGAGGACAGAAGAGGAAGGCUCGGUGUCUAGAUCAGGACAGCAGAAAUCAGGACACAGUGGCUGCAAAACGAGUGAAAACAGCUCAGAUCCAACAUGGCGGCAGCAAAACUGGAGCAGAAGACAGCAGCUCGGCUAAAGUCAGCCGCUCGGCUAAAGUCAGCCGCUCGGCUAAAGUCAGCCGCUCGGCUAAAGUCAGCCGCUCGGCUAAAGUCAGCCGCUCGGCUAAAGUCAGCCGCUCGGCUAAAGUCAGCCGCUCGGCUAAAGUCAGCAGCCCGGCUAAAGUCAGCAGCCCGGCUAAAGUCAGCAGCUCAGCUAAAGUCAGCAGCUCAGCUAAAGUCAGCAGCUCGGCUAAAGUCAGCAGCUCAGGAUCUUUACUUGACAGAUAUGUGCUUGGGAAGAAGCUGGGACAGGGACAUGAAGGCACUGUCUAUGUGGCUACACGCAAAUCUGAUGGCCAGAAGGUUGCCAUAAAAGUUGUGAAUAAAGAGUAUUACGGAGAGUUGUACCACGUGGUUGGAUUUUCUACACGUGUGAUCCCAGAAGCACGUCAUAUGAUGCUCCUCAAGGAACCUCCGCUCUGCCCACACAUCAUAGAGCUGUACGAGUACGCCAUGGAGGGAAGGAAUAACUACCUGGUCAUGGAGUACUUGCCCUCGUACAUAACCUUGGGGAAGUUCAUCAGGAAGAACAAUGGCCGCCUGAGUGAGAGUGUUGCACGGCAGCUGAUUAUGCAGCUCAUUAUUGCAGCACAGCGCUGCAUUGAGCAUGCCGUAUACCAUGGGUCCAUGCAUGUAGAAAACAUCAUGGUCAAUCCAAAGACACUGCAGCUCAAGCUGAUUGAUUUCGGCAACAGUACUCGUAUUCCAGAGAACUACUGGAGAGACCCCACUCUGGGAAUAACAAGAUACCGUAGACAGGAGAAGGAAGGCUACAGAAUCAUUACUCAUGCUGUUAGAAUGCAUGUCUUGGCUGUUAGAGGAAGGCUGUCAAUGAUGGUCAGUGGAUAUCGCUGUCUCUCCAGAUCUAGACGGCGACGAUUUCACCCCAGUUUGUCAGCAGAAUGCCGGGAUCUGCUGAGGUGGAUAAUCAGUUUCCGCCCUGAAACUGGACCAGUUUUAGAGGAGAUUUUAGAGCACAAGUGGUUCAGCAUGAAGUAGAGCCCAUCAGCAGCAGGAAACAGGGUUUCAUUCUUCCAUUUCUGUCAUUUGUUGUUUUGCUGUUUUCCUCUUCUGCUUCCCAAAUUCUGCACUUCCUCCUG